CUGAUGAAAACUACUCUUUUAUAUAUUAUGUAAAAAACAGAUGUAUGCCAACAAAUUAAACCUCCUUUUCCUAUCAUCUCAAUUUUGAUCACUUCACUUGAACGGUAAAUUAUGCUACCUGGCUGUUUCUUCUUCUUCUUCCUUUUCGUCGCACUUCAGGUACCGGAUGUUUCAUUUUCGUCGCAUUGUACGUCUGAAACAGUAUCUAAAACUUUCGAAAAAUGCAUGACACUUCCUACUCAACAAGCCUCAAUCUCGUGGACUUUCCAUCCUCAAAACGCCACCCUCGAUCUCGUGUUCUUUGGUAGCUUCAUAUCUCCUUCAGGCUGGGUUGGGUUCGGGAUUAAUCCGAUUUCUCCUGAAAUGACAGGAACGCGAGCUUUGAUCGCUUUCCCGGACCCCAACUCGGGCCAACUAGUCCUGCUACCUUACAUUCUAGAUCCCACAGUGAAACUCCAACGAACACCGCUCCUUUCCCGCCCCCUUGACAUCCACCUCCUCUCCUCCUCCGCCACCUUAUAUGGUGGUCGUAUGGCCACCAUACACGACGGUGCAACUAUUCAAAUAUAUGCCACUUUCAAACUCGUCCCCAAUAAAACGAAGAUUCAUUAUGUAUGGAACCGCGGAUUAUAUGUUCAAGGUUACUCCCCAACUAUACAUCAAACUGCAAUCAAUGAUCUUUCGUCCAUAGCCACAAUUGAUGUCCUGUCUGCAACUACGGCCAAGGCACAAAACAAUAAUAUCAGGACACUAAAAAUCAUUCAUGGCAUCAUAAACGCGAUUUCUUGGGGAAUGUUACUUCCAAUAGGGGCCGUAACUGCGCGAUAUUUAAGACAUAUACAAACUUUAGGCCCUACAUGGUUUUAUGCACAUGCUGGAGUGCAACUUUUUGCAGUUUUCUUAGGAACUGUAGGAUUUUCUAUUGGAAUUAGGCUAGGGGAGUUGUCUCCCGGACGGGUUUACGGGCUUCAUCAGAAACUCGGUUACGCAACAUUCUGCCUCGGGUGGCUUCAAACACUGGCUCUUUUGUUUAGGCCUAAAACAACAAACAAAUUCAGGAAGUAUUGGAAAUCGUACCAUCAUUUUGUAGGGUAUGCUUGUGUAGUAUUGGGUGUCGUUAACUGUUUUCAGGGAUUCCAAGUGAUGGGAGAAAGCAGGUCUUAUGCUAUGUUGGCAUACUGUUUGUGCUUGUCUACUCUCAUUGGCAUUUGCAUUGCACUGGAAGUGAAUUCUUGGGUUAUUUUCUGUAGAAAAUCCAAGGAAGAUAAAUUAAGGAGAGAAGGACGAAUUGGAAUUGGAAGUUCUGAGAAAGGCAGCGGAUCAGGUCAUGGUUGACAGCCUAUUCUUAAAUUUACUUUUUUAGAAAUGAGAACAAGACGGGAUUUACUUUCCAGAAAAAGGUGGAGUUUUGAAAAUCAUAUAUUUGAUAUUGUAAGUAAUUUUGGUCAAUCAUAUAUGUACAGAAUGUGUAAUAUGCAGCACAUAUUCUGUCUUUUAGCUUUCGCAACGUUCACAGCAGUUUUGUUCAAUAGAAUGAAAUUCUGCAAUGCUAGGUGAAGUAAAGUUAUGCAGCUUUGUAUUAAUUUCCAGUGAAAGCCCCAUCGGGCUGGGAGCUUGCCUAACACCAUUUUCUAGGGAAAAUUUAACGUGCGGUCACUAAAGUUUGGAGAAA